AUGUCUGCUACAAUUACUGAGACGAGAUCCACAACCCUGAAGCCAUCGCUUGAAUCGAACUCUCGAAUUCAAUAUGGCGAUUGGCGGGACGACUUCUUCAAGCAGGGCUACUACGUCUUUAAGAAUGCCGUCUCUGCCGACAAAGCCACAAACUACUACUACGAGAAGGCGCUGAGCUGGCUGGAGUCUUUUGACAAUGACUUCGACCUCAAGAAUCCCGAGACAUGGACCAAGGACAACCUUCCUCAGAGCUUCAAGAACAUGUAUCUUGGAUACUGUGCCGCCCACGAGAAGUUCAUGUGGGAUGCUAGAACAGAGCCGAACGUUAUCAAACCAUUCGAAGAGCUCUGGGGCACCAACGAACUUACGGUUUCCUUCGACACCUUCAACGUGACACUUCCCGAUCGGAAAGACGAUGACUUUCGCCCAUGGCCGCACGUCGACCAGGCCCCAGAGCGCAAAGGCCUUGCUUGUGUUCAAGGCCUCCUGAACUUGGCCCCAGCCGGACCGAAGGAUGGCGGACUCCUUCUCAUGCCCGGCUCAUCUGCUCUUUUCGAGGAAUAUUUUGCCACAUUCAAAGCCCGCGAUCGCACGGCCGUCGAGGCAAAGCACUACGAUUUCUACAUGUUCCAACCAGAGGACAUUGCAUGGUUCAAGUCCAAGGGAUGCCACCAGAUCAAGGUGAACGCAGACCCAGGUGACAUGAUUCUUUGGGAUUCUCGUACCAUCCAUCAUGUUGCAAAAAUCGAAUCCGACGUCAUCCGCAGUGUUCUUUAUAUUUGCUUUACACCGGCGGCACUGGCAGCACCGGAGGAUAUUGCUUACAAGGCCGAGCUAUUCAAGCGAUACGAAGCCACGACUCACUGGCCCCAUUGCAAUAUUUGGGGACAUGGGAAGGCAAAGAUUAAUGGGGAGAUUGAUCCUAUGGAAAGGGAUGAGCCACUGGAAAAGCCGAUUGUCACGGACCAGAUUCUGCGUCUUGCCGGUGUCAAAUCUUACCAGGAGGUCUGA